UGAUGAAGGUUCAUUUAGUGUAUUGCCUAAUUUAGAGCAUCUAAACGUAUCUUAUAAUCGUCAACUCGGUUUUGCGUCUUUGACAAACAUCACAAUUGAUUUAAACAAAACGCAGAUAAAAACUUUACAGUUAAAUGGAAUCAACUGUAUGAUAGGGGUUGGAACGGAGAUCAAAUGUCAUCAUCUUAUUCACCUUAAAGACACAAAUAUUACAGAAAUAUCUGUGGCUAGUAAUCGGUUGGACAUUUUUGAAGAAGGUGUGCUUCGCAAUUUUCCUAAGACGCUACAGAAAUUAUCAGUAGCUGAAAAUAAAAUGACCAUUGGUAAUUAUCUUUUAGAAAUGUCAUAUCUAAGAAAUCUUAAAGUUUAUAACAUCAGCUAUCUCAAACAUUCACCAUUAUUUCCAUAUUCGGUAUUUGACACAUGUAGAGAAAAAUCUGAAUCAAGGGAUGACAAGGUAUUCACAUGUCCCAAAUACCAGUCACCUGGGUUUAAUGAGAAAAACUUCAUAAAAUUUGAAAAGUUGAAUUGGACGAUUAACCUACCUGGGCAACUUGAAGAAAUCCAUGCUCAUGACAGUAAGAUGUACUUAGACAUUCCCGAAUUUUCAAUUCAUGGCCCAAGUUUGAAAUAUCUUUAUUUCCAAAACAAUUUUAUUUUUUCAUGGAAAGGCCCAGUUCAUGCACCAAACAAUCCUCUCAUAGAAAUGGACAUGUCCAACAAUUUCUGUGCACAUUUUAAUCCACCUAUACUCAGAGAUGGACAGAAAAUGAGAAAGUUAAAUCUGUCCUUUAACGAAAUUGGAAAAGCACUUGAAAAGGAUAUUGAAGGACAAACAUUUCAAUCUCUAAUUAGUUUGGAAAACUUGGAUUUAUCCUUCUGUAAGAUUUCAUCAUUACCUUCAAAUCUUUUUCGAAAUGCUCCUAAACUAAUGUAUUUAAACAUAACCAAUAAUCAAAUAUCAAAAUGGACGGUCAAUAUGUAUCAUUUCAAUAAAUUGAUACUUUUAGACUUAGCUGAAAAUAGAUUACGAACCAUCGAAGAAGGUUCUCGCAACCAAUUGAAGACAACAUUCCAAACAUCUAAUCUAAGUGUUGACUUAUCUGGAAACCAUUUGGAAUGCUCUUGUGAAAAUAAAGACUUCUUGAUGUGGGUGCAAAAUAAUAAAGAUCACUUCAUAAAUAUCAGGAAUUACAUUUGCUAUGAAAACAAAUUGAAAUUUUCAUUUAAGAAUUUAGAUGUGUCUGUGUCCUCUAUGGAGAGGGAUUGCAGAUCUUUCAUGAUUUGGUAUAUAGUGGUCUCUGUCUUUUCGGCAGUUUUUUCAAGUUCGAUUAUUGGAGUUCUGCUGGUGAAAAACAAAUGGAAAAUUCGCUACCUUAUUCACAAAUCAAAACAGAAACUUCGAUUUCGAGACCGUUUGAACAACCAUACCUCCACUAGUAUUACAUAUGAUUAUGACGCAUUUCUUUCGUACGCAAGCACCGAACGGACAUUUGUUUUAAAAGACGUGAUGCCACGUCUGGAGUCCAACUCAAGUAUUCGUCUUUUAGUGAGAGACAGAGAUUAUCUUCCUGGGACAUCAAAAUCGGACUGCAUUAUGAAUGGUCUUCAUGAAAGUAGAAGAGCAAUUUGCAUCGUUUCUAAAAGGUAUUUAAAUUCAAAGUGGCGUGACUAUGAAUUGAAUAUGGCCAAAGUGGAGGGGAUCAAAGACCGUGGACGUCUGGAUUUUGUCAUUCUGAUUCUCCUACCGGAAGUUUACAACGGUGGGUAUCCGAGUAAAAUUAUGGACCUGGUGAAGAAAAACUGCUAUCUUGGAUAUCCUGAAGAAUCUUGUGGAUAUGAUGAUUUCUGGGAGAAACUUAUACAAAUUCUGACAAGAGGAGAUUAAUGAUUUAAGAACAUAUAUAUCAAAUUCAAAUUAUCAUCUUUUUAUGAGCUGUUUGUGCAUGUAUAAAACGUUUGCAAA